AUUGUUUUCGUUUCGAUAAAGUAUACUGUGCUUGAAAAUAAGUUAUAUUCCAAAGGCUCCAUUAGGUACCAUUUCACAUUAAAAUAUAAGUUGACAUUUUCCGUAUUUUUACGAGAGGUCAUUUACAUAUAAAUUUCUUGAACGCGUGGUAAUAUCAUGAUUAUAAGCCGGAUUUUACCCAAUCAAGGCACGGUCUCGUAACCUGGAAGUGCGCAGGCCUCUUUCACAAGAUGCAAAACAAAUUUUAACCAAAGCAUUUACUGCUUCAGCCAAUGCUAGAAACCAGUUGAUUUAAGAUAUUUGGAAUUAGUACAGUGUUGAUUAUAGUUGAUUACGACUUCUAUGCGAAAAUACAUGUAACAUACCUGCUAGUUCUUUUGUCAUUGUGUAAACAAAUUUAUAGUAAGGAUAAAGGUUUGUUGAAAAUCAUGACAUUUGCAAUAGGAAGAUUAUCUAGUUUUUGUUUUCGCAAUGGUCCCCGUUAUCAAAGGGUAUAUCAGCAUUUUAAAAUUACAAGGAUUUGUGCUGUAAACUUCUCCGUUAAAUCUGAAAUAUCAAAAGCUGAUAAUGAAACAGAAAAAGUUAGUACUCCAAUUGGAGAUGGAAAAAUAUUUAAAUCAGCAAGUGAGGCCAUAUCCGACAUACCUGAUGGUGCAACACUAUUGGUUGGUGGAUUUGGUCUUUGUGGAAUUCCUGAAAACCUGAUUGCAGCAGUACUUAAGAAAGGAUCAAAGAACUUAACAGUAGUUUCUAAUAAUGCUGGUGUGGAUGAUUUUGGGCUGGGUAUUCUGCUUCAGGGACACCGAAUAAAGAGAAUGAUUUCUUCGUAUGUUGGAGAAAAUGCAGAAUUUGAAAAGCAAUACCUCAGUGGUCAGCUGGAAGUAGAAUUGACUCCUCAGGGUACUUUGGCAGAACGAAUAAGGGCUGGAGCAGCAGGCAUUCCAGCAUUUUACACAGCUACAGGACUUGGCACAAUUAUUCAAGAGGGUAACGUCGUUGUAAAAUAUAACGAGAAAGGAGAUGCCGAAAUAUCGGGUGAAUCAAAAAGCGUGAAUACAUUUAAUGGACGAAAUUAUGUUUUGGAAACUGCAAUCACUGGGGAUUUCGCCUUUAUCAAAGCAUGGAAAGCAGAUAAGGCUGGAAAUCUAAUUUUUCGAAAAUCAGCUAGGAACUUCAAUCCCGUUAUGUGUAAAGCGGCUAAAACGUCCAUCGUCGAAGUAGAGGAGAUUGUAGAGAACGGUCAGUUAGAUCCUGAUCAAGUACAUUUACCAGGAAUUUAUGUAAAUAGAAUUAUCAAAGGAUCAUCCUACGAGAAACGAAUUGAGAAAAGAAUAACAAAACAGGCAGCAAAACCGAAGAAAGUAACUCCAGCAGGCAAGGCUAGAGAGCGAAUUAUAAGAAGAGCUGCUCUUGAAUUUAAAGAUGGAAUGUAUGCUAAUUUGGGAAUCGGUAUUCCUAUGCUUGCUAGCAAUUACAUUCCGAAAGGAGUAAAUGUGACUUUGCAAUCAGAAAAUGGAAUACUUGGAUUGGGUUCUUAUCCUGAAGAGUCUGAAGUAGAUCCUGAUUUAAUCAAUGCCGGAAAGGAAACAGUCACGGUAGUACCAGGAGCCUCGUAUUUUAGUAGCGAUGAAAGUUUCGCAAUGAUUAGAGGGGGGCACAUUGAUUUAACAAUACUUGGAGGAAUGCAAGUAUCUGAGAAAGGUGAUUUGGCAAAUUGGAUGAUCCCGGGUACGAUGGUUAAAGGAAUGGGUGGUGCGAUGGAUCUUGUUGGCACAGCUUCCACAAGAGUGGUAGUAACAAUGGAGCACAAAGCACGUGAUGGAAGUCCAAAGAUUCUUCCCAACUGUACUCUACCUAUUACAGGUCAGGAAUGUGUCGAUUUGAUAAUUACGGACUUGGCAGUUUUUGAAGUGAUAAGAGGUGAAGGCUUGAAGCUCAUCGAGAUUGCACCAAAGAUCGACAUAAGUGAAAUCGUAAGUUCAACCGGUUGUGAAUUUUCCGUGGCAGACGAUUUGAAACCAAUGGGUCAAGUACCAAUAGAUGGAGAGAGUUGAAAUGCAGGUCUAUCAAAUUGGUCAAGUUUCACUUAGAUUUCUGAGACUUCCGUUAAAUAAAAUACCAAUUAAUUAAUCAUUUUGUCGCAUUUAAAAAAAUAAUAACAUCCGGCAGCCAACAGUUGAAGCUUAUAUUCAUUGUUAAUUACUUUUAAAAAAGUAUUAUUUUAAAGGUCCCGUGUUAUGAAUACAAUGUUACUUUGUAUUAUACAAUAGAUAUAUUAUCUAAUAGAAAGUAAUUAUUAGGUUCACUAUAAGUUUAAGGAAGUCAAAAGAACUUUAAUAUAACAUUAACUAAUUUUCUAUAGUCAUAUAAUAAGUUUGAAAGUAACAUAAAUGAUUUCUACAAUA